GUAAAAAAAAUUAAUAAAACAAAUCAAUCCUUUAUCCUUCGAAUUUCAUCAAAAAAAUCUCAAUUGAACCAUUGUGAUGAAACUUUGACAUGUCAAAUAAAUAUAUGAUGCCAAUAAAUCAAAAUAUUGAUGGUAACGAUGGGUUCUUGCACUACUUCGAUGAAGACAUUGGCACUAGAUGUGGUUGUGGUGACGAUGAUGUAGAUGAUGAUGUAGGUUCAGACGAGUUGUUUGAGAUAAAUCAGAAGAAUGAAUUAUUAGAUACAAUAAGAGAAGAAGAUUGCGAGAGCAGUGUCUUCUCUAUUGAUAUCCACAACAAUAUCAAAUCAAAUGAUGUUGUUUAUGUGGCAGUUGGAGAUACUGAUUCAAGCAUGAAAGCACUUUCAUGGACCUUAAAGCACUUAGUGAACCCUAAUUCUACUACUGUCUCUCUUAUACAUGUUUUCCCUCCAGCCAAGCGAAUUCCAACUCGAGGGGGAAAAAUUCCAAGAAAAUAUGCGACUCAGGAACAUGUUAACAUCUUCUUGAGCCAAGAGAAAAGGAAGAGGAAAGUACUUCUUCAAAAGUUCAUUGACAUGUGUACUGACUCAAAAGUUGAGGUGAAGAUAUUGCUUACUGAAGGUGACAACGUUGGUAAAGCCAUUGUAGAGCUCGUUAUGAAUCUAAAUAUUAGAAAGCUGGUGAUUGGAACUACCCAAUCUAAUCUAAGAAAACAUGGGUUGAGAAGACAAAAUUCUACUGCGGAGAUGGUGUUAAAGAGUGUAGAAGAAAGAUGUGAUAUUAAAAUCAUAUGUGAAGGAAGAGAAGUGAUUGAUCGAAUGAUUAAUGGAUGUAAUUCAAAGCAUGAUGAAGUAGAUGGUUUUGUUCCAAUCAAACAAUCCAAACCAUUUUGGUUAUUUACGUCCAGAUUUGAUUGGAAUUGGAACUACACAAUCUAGAUAAAUUAGACGAAAGGUUUCGAUAUCAUAAAAUCGACUGCGACAAAAUGAUACCAGAAGAUAUCCAUGACAAUAUUUGACACCCCUUCACUUGAGUGUAUGAUGUUUGAACCCCAACAACAGGCUCAUAAAUUAUAUUAAAUGCCAUAAUUAUUUGAGUUGGAAGCAUAGAUGUAAUUUGUCUGUUUUUGCAAACACUUUAAAUUAAUAUUCUAAAAACAUUCAUGAA